UGCCCACAAAAGAGGAAAUCCUGUGUAAAGAGGAAGAAAACGCAGUGAGAUGUAAAGACAAACAACAUGAGACCAAUGUCAAGAAAUCUGAUUCCCCUGCUGCUGAAUGUCGCUCACCUCUUAGCAAAUCCCGUUACUGACUCCACUGCUGAGGCACGUUUGAACCUGACAGAGGCCACAACCUCUCCUGAGUUUAAAUCCAGUACUAAUGCUGAGCCGCUGCGUUCCUCACUCCUGGCCACUGCCAACAGCAGAUUCAAGACACAAGGGACACUAACUACAGCCUCAGCAGUUUUAACCAACUUGGACAAGCAGUCGCAAGCAAAGAGUAGACAACCAGGAGGAGACAUUCCUGUCAGUCCAACAACCUCAGAGGGACUGUCAACUGUAAAAACACUGGUGGGUGAGGCAAACCAGUUGCAUGGUAAUGCAGUAGAUAAUGAAGAUGGAAGUGUGCAAGUGAACAAGACAAUAAUGUCUGAUGCUGACGUCCAAGGAAACAAUCAGUCAUCGUUUAAUAAGAACAAGACUAUUAACAAUACAAGUACCAAAGGUGGCCACUCCACUCCCCCAAACUCUAAAGGAGACUGUAAAUCUUUGUCUUGCCACACCUCUAAACUGGUUUGUUUCAUCACUUUGUGGUUUCUGGGAGUGACUGCUGCUGUCUUCCUGGGCCUGACCAUCUGUCUGUGGGUGCGACUGUCUAUCCAGCAAGCGAAGAGGGUGAGCUCAGAGACAGCGACAGAAGUCGACAUGGAGAACCUAUGGGCGGCCGACAACUCCACCGUGGAAGAGAGGGUGGAGUUCUGGUACACCAGUGGCUCAGCAAUCGGACAGGACAGCGGAGGAGGACAGGCGAGAAGGACAGAGCAUGGAAAUGGAGGGAGGGAUGGCAGGAGGGAGGAGAGGGAAGAAAAACUGUGGGCUCAACCCAAAGUGACUAUGAAAGAUAUAACUGAGUUCUGGUACUCCAAUGGGAGACGAGGACCAGAGGACCACAUCAACCAGUAACAAAUCACAAAGGAAUUAAAUUAGAAAAGAGUAACAAUGCACCAGAACUGACUUUUGUUCAUGUAUGGUUACAUAAAACAAUCCCAGCAUAUGAUAAACUGUUUUAAUGAUUCAGAAGCCAUGUGUCAACCCAUGUGAACUAAUUUUAGUGUAAGCAAGAUAAUACAUAAGUGAUUCAGAGUUUCUCCCUGUGUUAUAUAUAAUAAAUGAGUGAUACUGUCUAUUGCUGCUCCUCUCUUGAUGUUGAGAGGAUAUUUUUUCUAUUUAUUUUCUCCUGUUCUACCUUUUUCAUGUUUUUUUCUGUGUAUUUCUAAUGUGUUCUUGUGGUGGAGAAAUUAUGGCAGCCAACUUGACCACUGAACCACCACUGAA